AUGGACGGUCUCUCGGUCGGGAUCAGACGCUCUGCGUUCGAGAAGUUGGCCGCCUUGGCCGUCAACCCGCCUUCCCGAAGCAAUGAAUCGGACCUCACUCGUCUCUCCCAGCAGACUCGCCCGGGUCGCCAAGCUGAUGGUGCUCUGAAUGGCAUUCUCAAAGACCAAUCCCCCACGUCGCGGGUCCCAAUGGGGAUUCGCGAACUCGAUGUGCUUUUGGCUCUCUGUAAAGCCGCCCCGUCUGUGGAAGACCAAGAACGUGCGACCAGACUGGUCACGCAGCUGUCCCGCUAUCUGCCCGAAUCUCCUAGCCAGCUCUUUCGGCCAUCACCAUUCCUCCAAAGCGUCAAGCCAUCGCCAUGGGAAACCCUCGCACACAAUCUCACCUCGGCACUCUUGUCGCUGGGUACGAGGUUCCCGUCCUUGCGCAAGAUUGCCACCACUGCGGCCACCGAAUUCCUGAACAACUGCAUUGAGGCCAUCAACGCAGUGACGCCGUUCCAAUACUCCUCAGCCGAGGCAGGAGGACGGGGUGUCGUCCACGAAUCUAUUGCCAUUUUGUCCAUUGCAGUAUCUUUGGUCGGCUUCUUAGAGGCAUCGGCCAAGUACACUGUUAUCUGGUCAGCAAGUGAGAAGAUUCGCAUUAUCGAUCACCUUCGGACCAUGCUCUCUGAGCCAUUCAUGAUUGCGGUCGAGACAGCUUCAUCCACCAUCCGCAACGCUGGCAUCAGUGAGAAUAGUUUCAAGGACUGGAGGAAAUAUACUCGUCGCUAUGCAGCUCAGGGCCGCCCCCUGGGUGCCAUGUUGGUACAGGAAGGCUUCAUGCGCUUUGUCAAAUCGUCCGCGGCGUCCCUGAUCGAGUCCCAAAACUUGACCGAUGACCAGCUUUUGGAUGAAUAUAUGGCAGGUAUGAGCAUUGCAAGGGGCUAUGGUGAUGCAGAUAUCGCUUUGAUUGAGCGCAUCACCGACCUCAUCGGCGAGGAAAUCAAUUUGCUUGCGGAUGGCUCCGAUUAUUUGCAAGUCGGUUCCCCCUCGCAACAGCGACUUGCAUUUUCCGUUAAGGGGGAAGCCUUAGUUGGUUUCCUGAACUGUGUUGUCCUGGGUGAAGAUGCGACUAACAAUGACGUGCUGUUGUCCUGGCUCGAGGAUACCCUUAACGAUCCUCAGCAAAUGUCAAACGCCGGCCUUGCUAUAAUUGCUUUGAAAUGUACGGCGAUCCUUGCUAGGAUGUCAUCCGAUGGUGCCUCGAUUGGAAGGCGCUGCUUGUUGAAGUUCCUGACUCAAGGCGGAACUUCCGCAGGGCCAGUUGUCGCAGUGGCUGCUCGAUGCCUAGCCCAAAUCCUUAGCAUACUAUCCGAGGAUGCCGUGAUCACUACUCUGUACUCGUUGGGGAAUGCGUUGAGCCCUAACUCUACUGGGGACUCAUCCGCCCAGGAACAACUCAUUACGGAUACCAACCUUGGUGCCUACAACCAGGCCAAUGGCAGCCAGGCGUCUCUUUCUGCUGCUGAGCAAGAUGAUACCCUCACUUUCAGAAAUGUCAUUCACGCCAUUGUGACCAUUUCCACCAGCUGUAACGAUGACAAGAUUAGCGCUUUGGCGCAGUCCAUGCUUCUUCAAAAAGUUGGCAAGCUCGGCGUUUCAGUGGACGCAUAUAUCAUUCAAGAAACUGCCGUUCUCGCUCUAAGCAGCGGCUCGGCUGAGUUCCAGCUACUCCUGAAGUUUUAUACUCGCAUUUAUCUCGAUGGUGUCCACAAGGGUUUGGGUAGCAUCUCCGAUGCGGUCCAAUGUGCCAUGUCGUAUCUCUCAGUGACCCUGGACCGCCAAUCUCCCCUUUACAGAAUAUAUUUGAUUCAUCUACUGGAGAGUAUUGUUAACAAGGGCGAUGUGCCGGAUCUCGAAACUGAGCGCCACAGGGAAGUCGUCUUUGCUCCUGGUGAUAUCACUCCCCUCCUGAAGCCGCUGGCCCUCCUAAUAUCGUCUACGAAUGAUUCGUCGGACACAUCUCACCCGGCACUUGAGUAUGACGAUACUAUCAUGUCUCUGUUUCGAGAUGCUUGGUUCAACAUAGCCGUUCAUGGGAUUUCCCUGAACUCGGCUGUCGCGCAGCAGCAUCUCAAAGAGCUCCGUUUGCUUGCCAGUCACUCUCCGCCACUGAUCGCGGAAGAAAGGAUGGAGUCUCUUGAGAGCGAUGUGGAGCUCAACACUGUACUUCGGAGAGGCUCCGGGCCACAGCGUGUUCUAGAGCAGAAACGAACUCUGAUUACGGAACUUGCAGGCCGCGAAUCUGACAUCAAACGGCUAGAUUAUCCCAGAUCGGUGUUCCUCAACGCUGUUUUACUGAUCGAAAGCCUUCGUGCAUCAUCUGAAGACUGCACGAAGAUCCUCAACUAUUUCCGUGACCCAUCUCUUGCAACGCCAGAGAUGGUUGUCUGUAUGAGUGCUGUCGCUGAUAAGACGGUUUCUUGCUACCUGUCGCGGACACUCUCUGGGGAGUUUGAUGAAUUUUCUGCGCCAUUCUUGUCCAAGCAGCUGGCUGGGUUCUUGACUGCCUGCUGCCACCGGAUUGAAAGAGUCCAAAGCAUCGCGACACAAUGUGCCGAUAAGAUUAUUCGUGAAUGCCCUUCGGCUCUAUGCGAGAAGCAUUCUCUCUUUGCUCUCUUGGAGAUUCUUACAGUGAUGUGGUCCUCCUGUCUCCAGGGUGAGCUUGAUGAGUUUGAGUGGAAACCAUCCUUGCUCUCGCCCAUGGGCAUUGUCAGGGUCGAUCUGCCUGAUAACUACGCAUUCAGAAAGGCGACCUUGAAUCGAUUCCUUGAGCGAGCAAAGGCUUGGGUCACAGCUGUGCUGAACCUCGCCCCGCUGGACAUUAAAGGGCUUCUUCAAACCUAUCUGUCUGAAUACGACGAUGAUGGCGGCUAUGGACAUAUCUCCAUGGGUCGAUCUUUCGCCCUUGAGAUGGGAUCCCUAAUCCCAAAAAGCGAUCCGCGCUUGGGCUCUCUCGAUAGCCACGACAGCAGCGAUGUUAACCUGGCUUCCGAUUUCAUGGCGCUUUAUACCACUCGCCAGAAAUACCGCCGUCCCGACAUGUCUUUGCUCGAUGGACCCCGUGGCGACCUGUUAGGGAUCAGUGGCCGCAAGCCGGAAUCCGAAAUUUCCCCCGAAUCUGCUGAUCGCCUCGAAGCUUCCCUCUCGCAUUUCUACGGGCGUAGUGUCAAUGGCGACGAGAUCCCUCUUUUCGAGGUAAGAGACAUUCUUCGACAGGCCGCGGGUCUCAUCUGCAGCAGUAGCAAACCUCGAUUGUCGGUUGUUCACUAUCUUGUUGCCCUACCCUUCCGAAUCUUCACCAAAGAAACAAUCAAGCUGGGUGUCUCUCUUUGGCUCGGUGUUAUCCACGAGAACCCUAGCAUUGAGCCUCGAAUCCUUGCAGAGGUUGUCGAGGCCUGGGAAAGAAGUAUCCAGUGCCGCCAAGGGCUCUUUGAUCCUGCCUUUGGUUGUCUUGAUCCAUUGCACGCCAAGAUUGAACUGUUGCCAACAGACAAGGCCUUGAUGCUUCAGAAGCAACAAGAUGCACAGAACACGCUGUCGCCACAUAUGCGUGUUCUCCAGUUCUUCGAAAGUCAUUUUAAUGCCGUUCGACUCGGAAAUUUGCAAGAUCAACAACUCUUCUGCCGUCUAGUCAGCAGUACAGUUGUGGCUCUCGCGAAGACUGAAAGCCAUCCCUUGGCCAGAGAGAUCCACUUCCGCAUCAUUGUCUUUGGAUUGAAGGUCUUGCAGAAUUCGAACCCACGCAACGGCCCUGCGACCUGGAAGUUGAAAGAUCAAAUUCUGUCUGCCGCCCUCUCCUGGUUCAAGCAUACCCCGAGGUGGUCAUUUGGAGGUAAUCGUUUGCAGAUUAAGGCAGAAGACAGAGUUCUCGGUGAUACGUUGGCUAUCCUUCGCAGUGUCGCGGACAUUGCCUCUCAAUCCCAGGGCUCCUAUAAGUCUCUGCAGGCGAAGCAAGAUCUCCUGCAAAUCCUUAUCGAACAUGAGAGAUCGCGUCUCCGAGUUUGGCUCUUCCCCUUGGAACCAGAGCGCAAGCAUCAUAUGCCCUCGCUUGGAGGCAAAACCCCUACUGAGGGAGUUGCCUCUUUUUUGCGACUAGCGUGGACCGAAAGUCCUGGGCUUGCCAUUCAGCUUGCUGCUCGAUUCCCGUCGCCCAAGAUGCAGAACGAUGUCCGCUGGUUGAUUCUCAACUUCCCCGAGAAGGCCAUUACCGAGUCCAGUGCUCUCGAAAUCAUGUUCGAUUCUUCUUUGCCUUCGGACGUUACUUUCCAACUCAAGUACCUGCUGUACUGGGCGCCAGUCAACCCUACGGAGGCCUUGACAUACUUCUUGCCGGCCUAUGGUAACCAUCCGUUCAUUCUACAAUAUGCGAUGCGGGCUUUGGAGAGUCACUCCAUUGAUGUUCGCUUCUACUUUGUGCCCCAGCUGGUUCAGGCUCUGCGGUAUGAUGCUCUGGGUUAUGUUGAGCGUUAUAUUCUGGAAACGGCCAAGCUGUCCCAGCUGUUCGCGCAUCAGGUGAUUUGGAACAUGAAGGCGAACUCUUAUAAGGACGAGGAUUCCCAGGUGCCAGAUCCUCUCAAGCCAACAUUAGAUCGCUUCAUCGACAACUUGAUCUCGAGCUUCUCGAACGAGGAGCGCGACUUCUACGAAAGGGAAUUUUCCUUCUUCAGUGAGAUCACCGGCGUUUCCGGCAAGCUACGUCCGUAUAUCAAGAGAAGCAAACCCGAAAAGAAAGAAAAGAUCGAAGAGGAGUUGCGCAAGAUCAAGGUCGAGGUUGGAGUUUACCUCCCCAGCAACCCCGAUGGUGUGGUUGUGGGAAUCGAUCGGAAGUCUGGAAAGCCUCUGCAGAGUCACGCGAAGGCCCCGUACAUGGCAACGUUCCGAAUCCAGAAGACUCGGCCUCGCCUUGAUGCUAAAGCUGCUUCUUCUGGCCUGGUUCACGACUCGGACCAGCAGCGCCAGGUGGCUGUUCGCUCUAAGGACGCAGAGCAAGAGACUUAUGAAAUCUGGCAGUCGGCCAUCUUCAAGGUUGGUGACGACUGCCGGCAGGACAUGCUCGCUUUGCAGAUGAUUGCCGCUUUCCGAAGCAUCUUCUCCAGCGUGGGACUCGAUGUUUGGGUGUUCCCGUACCGGGUCACUUCCACCGCACCUGGCUGCGGUGUGAUUGACGUGCUGCCCAAUUCCAUCUCGCGAGACAUGCUGGGCCGAGAGGCAGUGAACGGACUUUAUGACUACUUCGUCUCCAAAUACGGCGGUGAAGAUUCAAUUCGCUUCCAAGAGGCCCGUACCAACUUUGUGAAGAGCAUGGCCGCAUACUCGGUCAUUUCCUACCUCCUACAAUUCAAGGACCGACACAAUGGCAACAUCAUGGUGGACGAUGCGGGCCACAUCAUUCACAUCGAUUUUGGAUUCUGCUUCGACAUCGCCCCCGGCGGCGUCCGAUUCGAGCGGGCACCAUUCAAGCUCACCUCAGAGAUGGUGGCCGUGAUGAGUGGAACUCACAGCCCAGCCCACCACCCCAGUGGCACUUCAGGCAUCAGUCUUCCGGGACACAAUUCGCACAACCCCACCAACACACAACCUUACCGCUGGUUCGAAUCCCUGGUCGUCAAGGCCUUCCUGGCCUCGCGUCCCUACAGCACCAAGCUGGCCCAUAUUGUGUCCCUGAUGCUGGACAGCGGACUACCGUGCUUCAAGCCCGAGACCUUGAAGAACUUCCGAGACCGGUUUGUCCUCGAUAAAAAUGAGCGAGAUGCGGCUGAAUACAUGCGGGAUCUUGUGCGGAAAUCCUACAUGAGCGUGUCGACGAAGGGAUAUGACCAGUUCCAGCUCAUGACCAACGGUAUUCCCUAUUAG